AUGACAAUUGAGGAACAUUAUCCCGGUUCAGGUGGAGGAGAAACUUUCAACGGAUAUCAUACCGAUUAUUACCCGGCAUUGCAUAAGGAUGUCAAGAUGGCGACCACUCCCAAGAAAAUGAUGCAGUUGAACUUCUUUGACGCUGCUUGUACAGGUAGUGUCAAUGGAGGUCUGGCAAGGUUUUGUGGGUUCACAGCUGUGGAUCUCAGUGGAUGUCCCUUGGACGAGCCCAUUGAUUUCAAAGGAGACCAUUAUGAGAAUAGUAUCCAGGGUGUCAUUGAUAAUAUCAAAGAAAUUGCCAAUGAGGAAGUUCUUACGCCGAGGAUGAUGGCUGAGUUGUUUGUGUUGGGAGGUGCUGGACCAAGACCGAUCGGAACACCGGAGAUGGUGGCCAAUUUCUUUGAGAAGUGGUGA